UUGCGACAUCAGCUCCGGAUGUAGCCUUGGCGCAGAGCGUCCGCCUUCACACAGCUCCCGGGUACCGUCGCUCCCAUCUCGGAGGAAGGAGAUGUGGAUGUGGAGCUGGCUGCUCAGUAACCUCACCGGGCUGGAACCGUGGUCAACUGGCUGCUACUUCGCCACCGGUCAAGCUAGAGGCGGGAGGGCCUCCUUUUGUCCCUGUCCUCGCUGGACCAUGACACGGGUUUCUCUGUGACCUUGCUGAAAAACCUGGGCCGGGGGUCCGAGGCCUUCCUCCCCCCGUACCUUACCCUCUACCCACCCGGAUCACCUCUCCCCUUCCUCCCUCCCAAGCAAACGCUAGACAGGCCUCAAGAUGAUGUGUGAGGUGAUGCCCACGAUCUCAGAAGACGGCCGCGGCGGAGGUGGCGGUGGCUCGUCCUCGCCGGCGGGAUCCGGCAGUGGACUUGGCGGAGGUAUCGGAGGUGGCAUGGGCAGCUAUGCUAGCCGGGAUCCCCGCGGCAACAGUGGUGACGAAGGGGGCAGCACGGGCAACCUGGAGUCGUUGAUGGUCAAUAUGCUGACGGAGCGAGAGAGGCUGUUGGAGAGUCUGAGGGAGACCCAAGACAGUCUGGGAACGGCUCACCUGCGACUACGAGAGCUUGGACACGAGAAGGAGUCACUACAGAGGCAGCUUUCCAUCGCGCUGCCACAGGAAUUUGCAGUCCUGACCAAAGAGCUGAACCUGUGCCGGGAGCAGCUGCUGGAACGGGAGGAGGAGAUUGCAGAGCUCAAGGCCGAGCGCAACAACACACGACUGCUUCUGGAGCACCUGGAGUGUUUGGUGUCGCGUCACGAGCGCAGCCUGAGGAUGACGGUGGUGAAGCGUCAGGCUCAGUCGCCCGCGGGGGUCUCCAGUGAGGUGGAGGUCCUCAAGGCUCUCAAGUCCCUGUUUGAGCACCACAAGGCCCUGGAUGAAAAGGUCCGCGAGAGGCUGCGCGUGGCCCUGGAGCGAGUGGCCACGCUGGAGGAUGAGCUGCAGUCGUCCUCACAGGAAGUGGUCUCUCUACGCGAGCAAAUCAAACGACGACAGCAGGGACUUGACAAAGAGCGGCUUCCCAACGGGCCGUCGUCCAUCUUGGAUGAUGGCGAGGUGGACCGGCAGCGCGAGGGGGAGAUUGAACGACAGCGAUCUGAGUUGGGGCAGCUCAAGGAGAGGCUGGCGCUCAUGUGCAGACAGGUUGGCGAGAUUGAGGAGCAGCUGACAUCUGCCAGGAGAGAACUGACGCGAUCUGAGGAAGCCAACCACAAACUGCAACGAGACGUCAAGGAGGCUCUAUGUCAGAGAGAAGACAUGGAGGAGAGAAUCACCACUCUAGAGCGCAGGUACCUGAGCGCCCAGCGGGAGGCGACGUCUCUCCACGACAUAAAAGACAAGCUGGAGAACGAGCUGGCCAGCAAAGAGUCUCUCCACCGCCAGAGUGAAGAGAAGAACCGUCAGCUUCAGGAUCGGCUCGACGACGCCAAGCAGAAGCUGCAGCAAACCCUACAGAGGGCCGAGACGCUGCCCGAGAUCGAAGCGCAGCUGGCGCAGAGGGUAGCCGCCCUCAACAAGGCCGAGGAGCGCCACGGCAACUUCGAGGAGCGACUACGGCAGAUGGAGGCGCAACUGGAGGAGAAGAACCAGGAGCUGCAGAGGGCCAGGCAGCGGGAGAGGAUGAACGACGAACACAAUAAACGUCUCUCGGACACGGUGGACAAGCUGCUGUCCGAGUCCAACGAGAGACUGCAGCUGCACCUCAAGGAGAGGAUGGCAGCCCUGGAGGAGAAGAACACACUUUCUGAGGAGCUGUCCAACAUGAAAAAAAUUCAGGACGACCUUCUAGCAAACAAGGACCAGCUCAUUGCAGAGCUAGAGCGCCUUCAACUUGAACUCGAUCAGCUGAGAGCCCGGCCCGGAGGCUCUUAUUCCAGUCGAUCUUUGCCCGGCAGCGCUCUGGAGCUGAGGUACUCCCACGGUGGCGGCUCCCUCCCCAUGGGCUCCACCACUCACCUGGACACCUUCGGGAACACCUCCCUGGGUGGCAGGCGAAGCCUUCGAGCCCGAUGGAGUUCGGCCAGGGAGGACUCCACCAAGUACACAGACUGGGACACGGGGGCGCUGCUGGGUUCCAGCUACGACCAUGGCGUAGACGUGGUGUGCUCGGACGACGAGGAUGACGGAGACCAUCGCUUCGGGUCCGAGCUGUUGUCACCCAGCGGGCAGACGGACGUUCAGACGCUGGCCAUCAUGCUGCAGGAACAGCUGGAGGCCAUUAACAAGGAGAUCAAGCUGAUCCAGGAGGAGAAGGAGAACACGGAGCUGCGGGCUGAGGAGAUUGAGAGCCGCGUCAGUAGCGUGGCUCUGGACAGUCCACCCAUCCCGCCGUCCUCACUGGGGAGGGACGGCACAGGGCGUGGCUUCAUCCCAUCCUCCAUCACCUCCUCCACCCUGGCCUCGCCAUCGCCGCCCAGCUCGGGACACUCCACCCCGCGUCUGCCCCACUCGCCGGCCCGUGAGAACGACAGACAGAACAACAGAGAUGACGAGCGCUCCCUGGCCCUCCUCGACUCCACACCCCCGCCCACGCCGCGGGCCCUGCGCCUGGAUAGGAUGACCCUCACCCACCCAGGGGCCCUGCUGGACGACCCCCGCGAGUUCCGCAGCCUGUCAGCAGAUGGCAGCAGCUCCAACAGCAGCCAGGACUCCCUGCACAAGUCCAGCAAGAAGAAGAGCAUCAAGUCGUCUAUCGGACGACUCUUUGGGAAGAAAGAGAAGGGCAGGAUGGGACAGCCGGGACGGGACGGCUCUGCCUCACUUGCAUCAACGCCUUCUGAAGACCUGGCCUCCGGAGACGUCAUGGGCAUGAACAAAACUGGUACUUUGGGGCCAGCAGACAAAGACCGGCGCAGCAAGAAAAAGCACGAGCUUUUAGAAGAAGCGUGUCGCCAAGGUUUGCCCUUCGCAUCCUGGGAUGGUCCCACUGUCGUGUCAUGGCUGGAGCUGUGGGUGGGCAUGCCCGCCUGGUACGUGGCGGCCUGCCGGGCCAACGUGAAGAGCGGCGCCAUCAUGGCCAACUUGUCGGACACGGAGAUCCAGCGUGAGAUCGGCAUCAGCAACCCGCUGCACCGACUUAAGCUUAGGCUUGCCAUCCAGGAGAUGGUUUCCCUCACCAGCCCCUCGGCCCCUGCCAGCACUCGCUCGUCGACCAGUAACGUUUGGAUGACCCAUGCCGAGAUGGAGUCCUUGAACGCAGCAAUCAAGCCGCCGGAGCUGAAGGAAUUCAGCUGGGACCAGAUCCUGGCUUACGGCGACAUGAAUCACGAGUGGGUAGGCAACGAUUGGCUGCCUAGCCUGGGCCUGCCACAGUACCGCAGCUACUUCAUGGAGUCACUGGUGGACGCCCGCAUGCUGGACCACCUGACCAAGAAGGAGCUGAGAGGGCAACUCAAGAUGGUGGACAGCUUCCACAGGGUGAGUUUGCAUUAUGGCAUCAUGUGCCUGAAGCGCCUCAACUAUGACCGCAAGGAGCUGGAGAGGCGGCGGGAGGACAGCGCGCACCACAACAAAGAUGUGAUGGUUUGGUCCAACGAGCGCGUGAUGUGCUGGGUGCAGACGCUGGGUCUGAAAGAGUACGCCGACAACCUUCGCGAGAGCGGCGUCCACGGCUCCCUGCUGGCCCUCGACGACACCUUCGACUACACUGACCUGGCGCUGCUGCUGCAGAUACCCAAUCAGAACACGCAGGCCCGCCAGCUCCUGGAGCAGGAGUACAAUUCCCUCAUCUCCAUGGGAACCGAGAGGCGGCCCGAUGAGGACGGCACCAAGACAUUCACGCGCUCUCCAUCGUGGCGUAAGAUGUUCCGCGAGAAGGACCUCCGGGGCGUCACCUCAGACUCGGCCGAGACCUUGCCUGCUAACUUCCGUGCCUCUGCCAUCGCCACGCCCUCCGUCACCCUCAGGAAGGUCCAAAGUGAUGCCAGCUCCAGUGCCCGGGGUGAAUCCGCCUCCGUGAGGACGUAUUCGUGUUGAGGGGGCGAUCGAGGGGCCUCCGAUCACACUGGGAACCUCCGACUCACUGAAGAAUGACUCGAAAGAAGGACUCCCACACAAUACACUCAACUUCAGGCUAGUUGUGCAUUUUGCAGUAACAGGAUCCGAAUGAAAGUGACCUAAUGAUUCCUCAAUGUUCCUCUCAAAGCAGGAAGCCUAAAUUCUCUCUCUCUGUGGCCCCUUUUUGUUUGAAUCAUUGUUCUACAGAGUGAGUUACAAUGCCUUUGUUGCCGUCAAGAGCGGGGGGGUGGGGGAGGGGGUGUCUGAGCAUCCCCUAAUUGAUGUGGUCAGUAAACAUGUCAAGCAUUGAGCUGCAGACCACGUCACAGCCACGCUGCUCUUCUGCAUCCUUUUGUCUCGAACACCUUGAAAGCUGAUCCAUCCUCCUUUGAAGGCAUCCCAUAAUAAUAGACUUGAAAGGCUCCGAGUGAGGGAGGGGUCCAUUCACACAGACAUCGGGUUCUACUGUUUCAUGACUCUUCCGUGCAGAGAGGCCAAUGUAGAAGCCAGGAUUUCUCAACCUGAGCCUUUUACACUGAUCAUAGCACAGUGGAAUGCUGGCGAUUCACACAGUCGAUAGCUUUUGCAGGGAGUAGCCUUGUCAACCUGGGUUUUUCAGAGUACUGUAUGAAAGGUACUGAAGACAACCCGGCAAUUUCACGAGCGUCUAUGUGAAAGCGGAAAGUAGAAAACUGACGCAGCAGGAGUAGAUUAAACAUUAAGCCACCUGUGCCUUUUACAGAGUCCGUAUGAUGAAAAAGCUCACCCAUCAAAAUUGUCUUUUCCCCGUAUCGGUGUUCUGCGUGAAAGGGAUCCAUCCUCCGAGGUAGGUUCAGAGGUGGGACAUAGAUACGGAUAUGUGAAAGGGAAAGUUGGAAUCGGGUUGUGAAGAUAUCAUCUGAUUGUGGAAUGCUGUUGCCGUGUGAAAGCAAUCACAAUCAUAAAAAUUAUUGUUACUUGGUUUUAUGUGGGAACUCUCUGUGAAAACGGGCUUUUUUGUUUGUCUUCAAAAAAGUCAUUAGCCCCUUUCACACAGACAUCUGUAAAAUCAGGGAGGGUAUCGGUCUUCGCUAAGUAGAUCCGACAUUUGUCCACCUGUGACCUGCACGCACACCAGAUCAGACAUUUAAAUUUAAUCAUCUAUCUCAGUGGUCCCCAAUCUUUUUUUUUUGUGUCACGGAUCGGUUGAGACAAUACAAUACAUGCUGAUUUAUAUAGAAGUAACUGCUGUUUGCGGACUGGCAACCAUUUUUUUUUUCAUCGCUUUCAAAUUACUAGUUUUGAAGCACUGCUGCUGACAGCAGAUAAUUAUAGAGUAAUUCAACAUUUUAUUAACGUUCAUUCCUUUCAAACAGUUAUUCUACUGCACAGCAAAUGUAGAAUAAAAUAAACGUAAGACAGCGAACUACUGAGUACUGUAAUGGACCAGAUAGAAAUAAUAAACACGUCUUAUAAUCUCAACAAUCAUUUUUGAAGUUGCGAUUUUACAUACGGCGUUAGCAUCAUUGCUACUUGCAAAAGAUGACAGGAUUGAUUGCUGCUUUCAUCUGCUGGCUGCCGGCUAGUUAUUAGCGACUAAACCGCUAAUGUUUACGUGGGCGGGCUGUGCAAACGCUGCUCAUAUUUGUUCAUGCUUUCCACUUGAUAACUUGGUUGCUACUUGUUCAAAGAGGAACUUCAAAAUAGCUUCAUCUUCUGAAGUAAUGGCUGUCCAUCAGCUGCGCGUUUCGUCAAUUUAUUACCGUAACUUUCUGUUUACUGCCUCUUUCCAACCACGGUUAAAAGAAACACUACGAUUGGCAAGAGUCACGCACAUUUCCCACGUCACGUUCGAUGGAGUGAAUUUGCCCACAGCUCGCAGGUUUGUUUUUGUGCGGUCCGAGGCACAGUACCUGGCCUCGGACCGUGGUUGGAGACCAUUGAUCUCUGAUGGAAUGCGGGGUCUCCUUGUGAAAGUGCACACAGUGGCUAAUAAUCAAUCAUUUUGUUCUGAGUAAAAGGCAAAGAAAAAGACCAGAUUAUACAGCUGUCAUGAGAAGUUUGUGAAAUGUCUGUAUGAAGAGCGCACACCAUGUGGACAAUCAAUCAAUUCAUCCAUAAACUAGUCUGCAUUAUUCUUCCAAGUGAGGCAUUUUGGGCGAUUGUAUGCAUCCACAUUUACGGGAACCGUUGCACGUCAACUCAAAAGUGUUUGGGGGGUUUUCGGCAAGUUGUUGAAAGUGGACUCCUCUGUUGAGAUCUUUGGGGAAACGUGACGGUGAAAGAUGAAUCACGGGCGGGGCCACAGAGAGACUAAACAGAUUCAAAGAAAGUGAACAGACAUACGAAAAGGGACAGGCACAAGCUGCUCAUUUUACACACACACACACACACACACACAUAGAAGCCAUAAGAGAACUCUCGGGAAGGGGUGAGUAAAAGAAGUGACUAGGAAGCCCAGGAAACAAAACCUUUAGCCUCCGUGUUUACGAUGCAUGUCUUUAAAAAGAAAACAACAAGGGGAAAAAAAACAAGAUGAGAUAUUUUUGUUUUUUUUGCCCUUAACAGUGACAAUAACAAGGUGUGGUUCAAAAUGAAAAAAAAAAAAGAUCUAAAAAAAAUCUAUAUGUAUGAUACAUCAACAAUGGGGUUUGGGGGGUCAAUUUGUAAAAUGUGUGAAUUUUUUUUCAGUUGUAUUUUUGAUUUUUUUACGAUGACUAUUUAUUUUUCUUUAAGGUAUGUAUUGGAUAAAUGUAUGUAUAUGUACGUCCUUGUUGCUGCUCUCUAAUUAACGCUCAUUCAUUUUGGAGCUAGGCCGAAUGGUUGCGAGUCCCAUCGGAAGGCGACCGUUCCGCUCACUAGCGCUGCUGUUACGUGUCCAUUUUGACGACAGGUCAUGCAAUGAUUGCAGAUUUCCAUGAUUAAAAAAUGAUCGUAAAACCAAACUGAAGAUAUCCUAUAUGGAAAAUGAACAAAUAUGAUGAAAAUGGUAAUGUAAAAAAAAAACAAAAAAAAGAAUAAAGCAAUCCUGUGUGGAUCUGCUCAUCAUAGUAAA